AUGAGCGCUGAAGUCACACUUCAGCCAAGCGAACACUGCAAGCUUAACCAUGGAAAGGAUUCUGAUCUUCGCGUUUCUCUUGACGGUUGCCAGCGCGCUGCGUUUUGAGGAGGAGCGGUUGUGGAAAUCGUGGAAGCAGGAACACGGAAAGCAGUAUUCGGAAGUGGAGGAGCGAGGCAGGAAGGCUGUCUGGUUUCAAAACCUUAAAAAAGUUGAGCAGCACAACAGGGCAGGCCACUCCUAUACACUCGCCAUGAACGAGUUUGCCGACAUGUGCGAGGAGGAGUUUCGUAAUGUGUACCUAAGGUACCGGUUCAACGCUAGCUCGCCACAGAGAGGUGCUACUUUCAUGGCGCCUAACAACUUGGAACUGCCAACAAAGGUGGACUGGAGACAACAAGGUUACGUCACACCCGUCAAAAACCAAGGUCAGUGUGGAUCGUGCUGGGCCUUCAGUACCACCGGAUCCCUUGAAGGACAGCACUUUAGGAAAACCGGAAGUCUUGUCUCCCUCAGUGAGCAGCAACUGGUUGAUUGUGACACGACGUGCUAUGGUUGUCAAGGGGGCUUUGUCGACAAUGCCAUUGCAUAUGUGCAGAGGAACGGAGGGAUUGACACAGAGUAUAGUUACCCUUACGAAGGGUCACAAAACUACUGCAGAUAUAACCAGAACGAGAUCGGAGCUACUGCUACAGGUUAUGUGGAUAUCCCAAGAGGAAACGAAUACGCUCUUCAACAAGCGACUGCAACCAUCGGCCCAAUCUCAAUUGCCGUGGACGCGUCACACUUCCAGCUUUACAACGGCGGGGUCUUCGACUACCCAUACUGCAGCAGCACCCAACUGGACCACGCCAUCCUUGUGGUCGGGUAUGGUAACAACAAUGGUCAGGACUACUGGCUGGUCAAGAACUCCUGGGGCACAGGCUGGGGAAUGUCUGGUUACAUCUUGAUGUCCAGGAACAAGGACAACCAAUGUGGUAUUGCUUCCUCUGCCAGCUACCCGCUCGUCUGAUUGGCUGGAUAGAUACCACGCUCUCGCGUGAUUGGCUGGAUGGAUACGACGCUUGCGCGUGAUUGGCUGGAUAAUACAAUGCGAUGAUAUUUUUAAGCCACAAGGUUUACUGAUUGGUUCCUUAAGAGGCAUAGGUCAGUUAGAAGCCAUGAGGUUUUCCGAUUUGUUAGUUAGAAGUCAGAACCAAUUAGCUUUUCUGAUUUGAUAUGUAAAAGCGUUUAUGUUUAAGAGACAAUAAAAAUAUUUUGUUA